UACAUCUGGCUGGGAAGAUCAGGAAAGGCCUCAGAGAAGAUGAGUGUUGGAGGAUAGAGACAGAGGAGGGCGCCCAGCAGGUGCAAAAGCAGAGGCCAGAAGUGACCAUGCAGAACCUGCUGGCAUGGCCGAUCGUGGGGCCGAUGAGCCAUCCUCCAGGACCAAGAGUCCGGAUGGAGAAAGUCAGGUCUCUGAGGACAGGUGGUCGCUCCAUCAGAGGCUGGCCAUCAGGGAGCUCAUUGACACCGAGGUCUCCUACUUGCACAUGCUCCGGCUCUGCGCCUUGGACAUCAGGAGCCGCCUGAAGCAGCUGCCACAGGGAGAUCUGGAUGUCUUGUUCUCAAACAUCGAUGACAUCAUCAAGGUGAACAGCAGAUUUCUUCAGGAUCUGCAGGGGACAGACGCCAUGGAAGAGAAACAAGUGCAGCUAAUUGGUAACUUAUUCCUGGAAUUCCAAGAGGAAUUGGAGCGAGUCUAUAAGGUCUACUGUGCCAACUAUGACCAGGCCUUGCUGCUGGUGGAGUCGUACCGAAGGGAGCCAGAGCUGCAGCGGGAGAUCCAGGCCAUCAUUGAGGCAGUGGUGCCACAAGCUGGACCCUCGGGCCUCAGUUUCUUACUGGUCAUCCCUCUGCAGAGGAUUACCAAGUACCCACUGCUGCUGCAGAAAAUUCUGGAGAACACACUUCCCGAUGCCAGUGCCUAUUCUGUCCUCCAGAGGGCUACCUCUGCCCUCCAGGACGUGAACACCAACAUCAAUGAGUACAAGAGGCGCAAGGAAGUGGCUUCCAAGUACACCAAAGUGGAGCAGCUCACCCUCCGGGAGCGGCUGGCCCGCAUCAACACGCACACCCUCUCCAAGAAGACCACCCGGCUGAGCCAGCUGCUGAAGCAGGAGGCGGGGCUCGUGUUGAGGACAGAAGACAAGGAAUUUGAUGACUUAGAAGAGAGGUUCCACUGGGUGUCGCUGUGUGUGACUGAGCUGAAGAACAAUGUGGCAGCUUACCUGGACAAUCUGGAGGCUUUCCUCCGCUUCCGGCCGCAGCAAUAUGACCUGGACAUGCCCGCGGGGCCUGUGGGGCAGUACUGCAGCCUGGCAAGAGACCUUCAGCUCCAGGCCUUCCCUGAGUUUAAGCGGCGGCUGGAAGACCUGGUGGGGCAGCCGCUGUGCAGCCUGGCCAAAGCCCUGGCCGGUCCUCAGAACCUGAUCAAGAAACGUCUGGACAAACUACUGGACUUUGAGCGGCUAGAAGAGAAGCUGCUGGAGGAGGGCAGUGUGACCUACGAGGAGGAGGAGGCCCGGCACACGUACCAGGCACUCAAUUCCCUGCUGGUGGCUGAGCUCCCGCAGUUUAACCAGCUGGCCGUGCAGUGGCUGGGCCAGAUCCUGGGCACAUUCAUGGCUCUCCAGAGGGACCUUGCGAAGCAAGUGUUGCAGAGGGCAGAGAGCAGCCUGGCCCAGCUGCCCCACCACCACCUCUCGGAGCCGGCCUUCAGGAAGCUGGUGGAGGACGCACUGGGCCAGACCGGUCACCAGCUUCGCUCCUUUCAAGAGAACUUCGAGAAAGUGCAGACACCGCCCACUGUUCAACCGCUCCUGCCAGGGGCUGAGCGUCAGGUGCAGGCUCUCCUGACCAAGUAUGGCCCGGGAAAGCUGUACCAGGUGACAAGCAACACCAGCGGGUCUAGGACUCUGGACCUGUCAUUGCCUCGGGGCCAAAUCGUGGGCCUCCUUCAAAACAAGGACACCAAAGGCAACAGCAGCCGCUGGCUGGUGGACACUGGGGGACAUCGAGGGUACGUGCCAGCGGGGAAACUGGAGCCCUACCAGAUCGUCCCCCGGGAGGAGAAGCUCAGGGGUCAGGCGGGGCCUCGUGAGGACUCCCCGCAUCCGACACCGGAGCCCACCCCAGCCCUAGUUGCCUCUGUCCCAGCCGGGACCCAGGUGGUCGCCAUGUACCCCUUUGUGGCCAGAAACAGCCACGAAGUGAGUCUGCAGGCAGGCCAGCCGGUGACUGUCCUGCAGGCCCCGGACAAGAAGGGGAACCCGGAAUGGAGCCUCGUGGAGGUGGCCGGACGGAGGGGAUAUGUGCCUUCCAGCUUCCUGGCCAGGGCCCCAAGCCCGGCUCCCUGGGGCUGGAGUCUGCCCCCCUAGGCUGCCCUCCUUGGAGUCCAAGUUGCCAAGGGAUGAGGAGGAUUAGAGGCUGUGACCCCAGGAGGGAAGAGAAGAAAGAGAAGGCAGGGUGGAGGGGAGAGCAGGCCAGCGUGGGGUGAAGGGCACCCAGGAGGCAGCCAGAAGAGCUGGGCGCUGCCCUUGCACAAUGCCUGGCGUGGGCGGGCACGGAAGGCUCCAGCCAGGACGGCUUAUUUGUCUUCAGGAGGAGGUUGUUCCAGCCUGGAGUCACAGCAUGGAGGAUGGCAGGUCAAGUUGAUAAGGAUUUGCCGUCGCCAAUGGCCAAUCCUACCGGGGCCCCCAUCUAGGCCUGCCCAUGGAGAGGGCUGCCCAGGCGAAUGUCACCCGUGUGCUGUUUGGGUGUAGGGAGGGGCGCCGGAGAAGUCCAGGGCUGCUGGCCUGACAGUUCACUUCCUGCAUGUGGUCCAGGAGGUACCGCAGCCGACUGGUCGGUCGUCUCUAUUUCUCCCUGCUGGGAGUGAGCUGUCCUGGGCAGUGAGCCCCUGAGAGCCCUCUCUAGUUGGGAAGCAGGUUCUUGUUGGGGCAGCGGGAGGUUCCCAGGACAGUCUUGCCCAGGCCUGGGCGUGGGUGUGGCCAAGUCACAGUUCUGGAAUGUGUGUAGGUACAUUCAGAGCCCGUGCCAGGGGAGAGAUUUGGAGGGUGUGUGAGGUGGGGUGUGCGAGGCUGUUGCCAAGCAGUUGCACACCGUUGCUGUGUUCUCUGAAUAGGGCACAAAGGGACAUGCAAAUCACAGAGGAAACUGAAGCAGGUGACUACAGGCCCGGUGGGCGGGGAGGUUAGGUCAUGGCUUGGUUUCCUGUUUCUGGAAGUAGGGGACCCCGGUGGUUUCAGGAGGCCACUGAGGGCCUGGGGCAACAGUGGAUGGAUGCCAGGUGACUGUGGGAACUUCCACUUAGGACACAACCUCAGGUUUCCCAUCCACAAAGCCCUAACUCACAGGAUUGCGGUGAGAAUAGCAUGAGGCGAAGGGCAUGGAAGCAAAUUGUGAAGCGCAUAUAAAUGUAAGUUACCGUCGGUAGCAGGAUGUGCCGGAAGUGGUCUCAGGUUGGCCCCCACAUCAGCAUUCAUUCUGCUACUUCCCGUGCCCACGGCAGGCAUUAUUCGUCCACUCGGCGUCCUUUCCCAUAAACCCAGGGUCCUCCGCAGGCUCCUUCUCAAUGCUGCAGUCCAGGAGCCAAGCUCGUGAACUUGGUGAGAUCAAACCUAUUGUCAUGGCUUCCUAGAACCUGGAAAUGGAAGCCCCUCACUAAAAACUGACCCAUUGGGGCAAUUCUGGGUGCAGCUGCUGUUGAAUCACCUCUAGGAUGUCACUGUGGGCGGAGAUAAAUUGCGAGGCUCACAGAAGAACACAAGGGUGACCCAGCACGAUCUUGAAUACAAACGACAAAAUUUGGGGCCAACCCAAGUUAGUGUGUAAAAACAGGUGGCAGUUGAGACUUCUUUCCAAGAACAUCUCUAUGUGGUUAUAACUGCAGUGCCUGGAUUUUAGAGGGCUUUUAAGAUGUAUAUACACGUCUGUGCCAGACAGUCUGCACCUCACCUCCUCUGGGCUUGUGAAAGCGUGAAGAAUGCAUAAUGCAAGAGAAGCUGGUCCCCACAAUUCCUUUCCCAGCUCCAGUUCACUUUAUAAGAUGCUCUUGACUCAUUUUCCGUUCUCUCUCCUGCUCAGCUUUCUGAUAGAAACAGGAAGCAGAGGGGAGCAGAUAAAAUAAGAAAUCCAUGUGUGGUCCCACCGUACUUACCGAGAGCCUGCCCUGGGCUGGAACCCUCGCUCAGGGUUUCUCAGCGCAGCUGCUCACCGCAGUCACCUGGGCAGCUUCCCACUGUGCCUCAAGCCAGGACCCCACCCGGAGAUUCUGAUGGAACUGGCCAGGGGGUGGUCUGAGCCUCAGGACCUCAGGACGCUCCCCAGGUGCUUAGUGUACGGCCAUUUUGGGAACCUCUGCCCUAGGCACGCAGUGGUGGACGAGAGAGUCCUGGGGUCGGAAAUGGCCACAAGCUGUAAGCCAGGACGUGCCCCUCUGAGCCUUGUGCCAACGCAGAGGUUCUGAACAGGCAGCUGCAGACAGGACAGCCUGUUCUGUCAGGUCCCAGAAUGUAUAUUUAUUAAGUGCCGUUAAAAGGGACCUGAACAAAAUUGGAUGUUCUUGUAGGUACAAGGGAGGAAACGGAAAUACACUUGGAACUAAAUGGAUCUCAUGAAGGGAAAAUAAAAAUGUAUCAGUAGCACAUGGAUAUGGUUUCUCGUGGGCCAGGGGAUGAGAUUGAAAGUCACUGAAGGGUGAGAAAAUGCAUAUUGAGAAGAUGGAGAAUGGUCUGAUUUUCCCCAGGAGACUCUGCAUUAUGUGCUCCUUCUCCGCCCCCCCCCCCCAAUGCCUAGGACCACUGCACUGUGUCUUGUUUAUUUCACUGUUGAGCUUGCUAAGGUAUUUGCCUGUGAACCGAACAAAUCUUCUAAGAGUGGAAGAUGGACCACAGGGGUGUCCCUUGCUCCCUGCAGCGGAGUGACCCCUCUUUAACCUUUUGGGCCCCAGCCCAGUUUUGGACAUGAGGACAAGAUGACAAUAUCAAAGGAAGGAUGAGUGGAUUCUUGGUUCAUGUGAUGAGCUCUAGCUUGGUGAAUAACUGAUGUGAACCAAUGGGAAUAAAGGACUUCAAAGAUAAAAA